ACCAGCGGAACAUCUGCUGUACGAAGGAAGGUCGGUCAGACUACAUUUGAAUUCGGGGCAACAUGCACCACACGUUGCCCGACAUGGGUUGUGGUCCAAACUACAAAUAUGCUUUGUUGCACCCCUUUCAAGAUUAUCUCGACUACAGUACUAUACAGCGGAUCCAUCAAUAUACAUAUUGAUUUGACUUCAAUCGAAUUAUUUGCACCUGGAUAUUACCGCGAAACUAUACAUACAGACAGCAGCUACAUCAUGCCUCUUCCAUUGAUCCACUAUCUUUAUCCUUCGAACAUCACGAAAUACCUGAACCAUAAACCUAGCAGUGCUGAUGAAGCUAGCUGGGCGCUCAUUACCGGUGGUAGUGACGGUAUCGGGCGAGCUUUGAGCAGCGAGCUUGGUGCCAGAGGCUUCAACGUCAUUGUCCACGGACGCAACGAAAGCAAAUUGAUCAAAGUAGUGGGCGAGCUACAAAAAGAGCAUCCAGAGCGAAAUUUUCGAUAUGUCGUUGCCGACGCGGCUUCGUUCAAGUCGGAGGAUAUUCAAAGGAUUGUGGCUGCUGUGGAGGAUGUCAAGCUCUCGGUGCUGAUCAACAACGUUGGUGGUACCGCUGUACUUUCGACAAACUUCAUGCCCUUUGAAGAUUAUGCCCCCGAAGAGAUCCAGGCUGUUUUCUCCCUCAACGUUCAAUUCCCGCUCCAAUUGACCCACGCCCUACUUCCACACCUCCAACGCGCCGCUCCAACGCCUUCUCUCGUCUUAACUGUCGGCAGCCAGUCUUACCGGGGACAACCGUACGUGGCAGCGUACUCGGCCACCAAGGGCGCGCUUCACACAUGGAACCGCGCUUUCGCUGCUGAGCAGGCAGCCGCAGCUAAAAGCCACCCAUCGUCACCACAGGUCGAUAUACUCGAGAUAGUAGUGGGUGCUACGUACACAUCGCAGCUGCAGAAGGAAGAAGGACUGCAAGCGGGUUUGUUUAUGCCAACUGCGGAGGAUAUGGCUAAAGCUAUCAUAGCACGAUGUGGGCAUGGGCACCGCUCUGUGGAGGCAUACUUUUGGCACCGUGUGCAAUCAGUCACGCUGUACAACCUGAUGCCUGCUAACGCGGCGGACGCGAUGUUAGUGAACGUUAUGAAGGCUUUUAUUAAGCCAAAGGAUGUAUGA